AUGACUGAGCCUACCAUAUUCGAAUGCAGCAUUUGCUUCAACCAAUACAACGAGAUUUCCCACCGACCACUUUCAUUACCAUGUGGCCAUAUCUACUGUGAGCGCUGCCUGCUGAAACAUUCCAAAGGAUAUGAAAUAUCUUGCCCGAUAGACAGCAUAGUCCACAAAACAAGCGUCCGUUCUUUGCCUUGCUGCUACACAAUUCUUGCAAACCUACCCCGAUCGCCUUCAAAAGAAUUAUGCUGCACUCGGCAUCCUAGAAAAAAGAUAAAAUUCCACUGUAUCUCGCACUCGGUAUUUCUCUGUUCAGACUGCAUUAUUCAACACACAGGAAACGGCCACGAAAUUGAGUCUUUUAAUCCGAAUACGACAGCAAUGAAAUCAGAACUGUCUCGGCUGGAUGAGCUUUUUAAAACCAAAUGUAAAGAGAUUGAGGAAAUCCAGAAAAAAGCGGAAAAUCAGGAUUUUCAAUUGGACUCUUAUUAUAAAGGGCAAAUAGGAAAAAUCAGAAAAGCUUAUGAUGAACUGAUAGGAGUUUUGACUCAGAAAAAAAGGGAAAUGAUUGAGACUAUGACAAAGUAUUUUCAUGAUCAGAAAAAAUUGCUGGAUUCUUAUAAAUAUAAUAUCAACAAUACAUUAGAAACGCUCUUGGAAGGAGAAAAAAACAUCAAUGGGAUGUUGGAAAACUGGGGCAAGUUCAGCUGUGAGGAGUUUUAUGGGCUAAUUAGUACUGUCAAGCAGAAAAUGUCAAAAUGUGAAGCAGUUAAGCUGCCUGAACUGAACUAUUAUGUAUUUAAAAACACUCUGCAAGCAUCUUCGUAUGGAGUUAUCACUAAAAGCACCCAAGAAGCAAAUAAAAUGCCUCAGAAUUUUAAUUUUGAUGAGUCUCUUACCAAACAAAAAGCGUUUAUUCCGAAGUUGGACUUCGUGAACUCGAUGUAUAGCCCUCGCGAAGCAGUCUCUCCAAGAAAUUUAUAUAAUCAAAAAAUCAAUGAGCCGCCACUUACCCAAAGACAGCCUGAGCCUACCACAAAAGGAGAACACCUAAAAGGGCAUAAGCAUGGCUCUCACAAUAAUAGAGGACGGAGACUUCCUUCCCAACCCCCAGGAAAAUCUUCUGAUAAGAGAUGGAGAAAACGGUCUCAUUCUUUAUAA